AUGGAUGAAGUUAUAUCACAAUUCACAUCUCUUCACGAUAAUAAAAAAUACGAGGAAGCCCAUCGGUUGAUUUGUGAUGCCAUUGAAAAUAAGAAAAUAAAAGAUCCUGAGUUACAGUGGCGCCGUGCCUUUGUAUGCCGAGAUCUAGGUAAGUCUGUUCUCUGUCAUUUUUUUCUCUCUCUGUCCAUAGCUCUGACUCAAGGCAAAAGUGACAAGCAUGUGUACACGAAAUAUUUGCACGAAGGUCUGGAAGCUGCCGAGUUAGGCCUCAAACUGAAUCCAGAUCAUCCGAAAUGCAACUCAGUAAGCAGUAUUCCUUGUUCGCCUCACGGAAUGCUUUCGCAGUGGUGCGCAAUAUUUCUAAACUACGUCUCUCAACUUGAAGGAAUAAACAAAAGAAUUGAGAAUUCAUUCAAAAUGAAAGAUCAUUGGAUGAAAGCGAUUGCAGCCAAUCCAGACGACGGUGUAACUUUACACGCCUUGGGUCGUUGGUGCUUCGAAGUGAGCGAUAUGCCGUGGAUCAAACGCAAGUUAGCCGAGACAUUUUUCAGUACUCCUCCAACGUCUACCUAUGAGGAAGUGAGUUCCAUUUUCCCUCAAAUCAUCUUGCACCGGACCAUAGCUAAUAAUGCCUUGUAUUUGGCUAAGACGUACAGUCGGCUUAAGCAAAAGGACGAGGCAAAGAAGUGGUGUGAACAGGUUCUUCAGUUUACCGCCGAUGAUUUGGAAACAGAAGAGGUAAGUUCCAGUUUUCCUACUCCUCAAACUGCGACGAUUUUCAGGCCAAGAAAGAAGCGCGUAGUCUUAUGA